GUCCAAAACCAUCUCUCUAUCUCUCUCCCCAUCGCCCACCUCAGCUCAGCUUGGAUUUGCUCUCCUCAUCCUUGAUCAUCAUCCAUGGAGUACUUCAGCGGCGACAUCGACGACUUCUCGCUCCAGUUCAUCCACGACCAGCUGCAGCUGCUCUCCGCCGAGCCCUCCUGCGCCCUCCAGCACCUCCCCAUCGCCACGAACGACUUCUCCCCGCAGCCGGAGUUCAUGCCCUCUGAUCAGUUCCUCACCCAGCAGCUCCCUGCGUACGUCGUCGACCAGCUGGCAGCAAACGAGUACGCAGCGGAUGCCGCUGCCGCGUACCGGGCAGCGGCGGAGCCCGUGAUGAUACGGUUCGGCGGGGAGACCUCCCCGGUGUCGGACCCGGCGCGCCGGCCGUCCCUGACGAUCUCGCUGCCCCCGGCCUCGAACGCCUGGGCCGCGGCGGCGCCGUUUCCGACGGCGGCGGAGGCCGCGGCCGCGGACGACUUCCGGAAGUACCGCGGCGUGCGGCAGCGGCCGUGGGGCAAGUUCGCGGCGGAGAUCCGGGACCCCAACAAGCGCGGCUCCCGCGUCUGGCUCGGCACCUACGACACCUCCGUCGAGGCCGCGCGCGCGUACGACCGCGCCGCCUUCCGCAUGCGCGGCGCAAAGGCCAUCCUCAACUUCCCCAACGAGGUUGGCUCACGCGGCUCCAAAGACUUACUCGUCACGCCGCCGCAGGUCUCCGCGCGCGUGGCGCCGCCGACGUCCCAGAGCAAGCGGAAGCGGCAGGAGCCUGACGCCGAGCUGGUCCAGGACACUAUCACGAAACACUUCAAAACCGAGGCGUCCUCCGUGUCGGCGGCGUCGUCGCUCGUCUCAACGCCCACCUCGACGGUGACGUACUCCUGCAGCGCCACCACCACCCCAUCCUCGUCCGACGCCGGCGACGGCGGCAACAACGACGAGAUCCUCCAGCUGAUGUCCUCCACUAGCUGGACCUGGGAUCAGCUGCUGGCGGAGGGCACGUUCGGCAGCCUGUCGCCGCAGCACCAGCUGGGCGGCGGCUUCCCGGAGGUCACCGUCAACUAA